GCAUAACGUAGAUGGCGCAAACUUUAUAAAUCGACAAGAUGGCAGCGCCCAUGAAAAGAAAAUGUGACGAAUCUGGAACAAAUGUUUCACCGCCUAAAGAAGAAUUCCUUGUCAAAAAACAAAGUACGGACUGUCAGAUAUUUUUAUCAUGGUGUGAUAAAGAAGGAAUCUUUAAAAAUCCUAAGGUAACAGUAAGACGACAAGGAUCCUGUGCUCAGUGUGGUAUGAUAGCCCUGGAUGAUAUCAGUAAGGGAGAGAUCCUCUUUACCAUUCCUAGGUCAGUCCUACUUCAUCCAGGGACGUGUAGUCCAAUCCUAGCACAACGACUUGAGCAAGAUGCAGAUAGUUUGGAAACAGACAGUGGAUGGGUGCCUCUUAUCCUAGCAGUGAUGUAUGAAUACACCAACCCCAGCACAAAAUGGCGGCCAUAUCUUGAUCUCUUCCCAGACUAUACUGAACUUGAUCAACCAAUGUUCUGGGACAGAAGUUACAUGGAACAGGAAUUGAGAGGGACUGGUAUACCUGAAGCAGUGCAAAGAGAUCUCGGGAACAUUGAUAGUGACUACCGUGAUACUGCUCUACCAUUCAUCAAGAAAAAUACAGAUUUGUUCAGUGAGGAGAAACACAACCUUGAUCUCUACAAACGAACGGUAUCAUUCAUCAUGGCCUAUAGCUUUCAUGAAUCAUCAGACUAUGAUGAGGAUGAUGAUGACAGUGAUGAUGACGAUGAUUAUCCACCCAUGAUGGUUCCCUUAGCUGAUGCCCUGAAUCACAUCGCCAAGAACAAUGCGCAUCUCAAGUUUGGCAAAGAAAGUCUUAGGAUGGUGGCUAUCAAAGACAUCAAAAAGGGGAAUGAAGUUUUCAACACCUAUGGACAAACAGCCAAUUGGCAGCUUCUUCACAUGUAUGGCUUUGCUGAGCAGUACCCAGAGAAUGUCUAUGAUACGGUGGAUAUUCCGCACAGAUAUCUGCUAGAAGAAGCUCAAUCACAUGAAGCAUUCAGUGCCACUCUGGACAAGAGAUGGGAGUUCUUGAAAGGAGUGGAAGCGGUGUCUGACGAUGGAGCAUUUGUGGUUAGCGUGGAUGGAGUUUUGACAGAUGAAGAAAUAUUUCUGGCACUUACGAUUCUAACCCUUGACCAGGAUACUUUUGAUAAUCUUGGACCAGAUGACUGUCCUAGUGCUGUCGAUGAUUCCUUUACAAAUGCCGAGCUUUGUAAUUUGCCAGAGACUUGGAGAAGACUACUAACAGGUGCUGCGAAUCGAACCUUGAAAGCUUUCAAUGAUCAUCAUGCAAAGGAUACUAGCUCAGAAUUGCCAGAGCCAGAGGAGUUAGCCAAGCUGAGUACAAGAGCACGCUAUUCUCUAUUUGUUAGGAUUGGACAGAGAAAGAUCCUUGAAAGACUGGUAGAUUUCUGUCGGAUUACCUGGUGAAGGAUAGGAGAGUCUGCUAAGGAGGUAAAGCAAAAAAACUGAAAAGCUUCAUCCCAGAGGAAUUCGCAUAACCAAAUCUAAGGGUAUGCCAUUUUCUAUUAGGAUUGUGAGGAAAAGACUGGUUUUGGUUUUUGGAGGAUUGCCUAGUUAGAAUGGGGAUAGAUAAAACAAUAUAUGAAAGACUAAGCUAAGUCUUAAGUGCACAGUAUUCUCUGUUUAUUAAUAUAGAACAGAGAAAGAACCUUGAAAGAUUGCUUCAUUUCUGUUAGAGUACUCAGUGAAUGAAAGGAGAGAUAGAGAAGGAAAAACAUGCAAGAAUCAAGGACAUUACAAGGUUUCUUUGUCAAGCACUGGUGCUACUCUCAUUCUACCAUUGUAGGCUUUUGGCACUGACAAAUUGUGAUUAUCUUUCAGUUACCAUAGCAUUAGACCAACCCCAGUGCACUUUUAUCAGAUAUGACAUCUCGUCAAAUUAUAAAUAUAUAUUUCAGAUUGAAUGGUUUAUUUGCUCCUCUGCACAUUUGGUUUUCUCCCCUUUCAUCCUGAGAACCAUUUGAUCUAUUAGCAGAUCAUUUGAUCUAUUACAUAUAGACUAAAGCCCUCUUUACAAUGGCAUCUCUUAACCCCAGACUUUCCUUGGUACAUUAUUUCUAAUGGAAAUAAUGACCUUUUUCAUCUUAUUCCAUCUGCAAACAAGAAGAGUAUGCACAAUACAGUGUGCCUGACUAUUUUCCCAUCAUCAUUUCAUUGGCUUGCUUGGUUCCACGACUGUGACGUAAGCUCUGCUUUUUUUGCAGGGCUUGUUGGUAUGGGACUUUCUGUGGGAUGAACAGGAAGCAGAUCAAGGAUGGUUAUCUACAUAUGUUGGGGCUAAGGUCUCUCUUACCCUCUCUGGUGGUAUAGGAAUAAGUAACAAUUCACUCUGUGAAAAAUGUAACAAUAUGUAAAAAUACCAUGUGUACAUAUCAGACCAGGGGGCCGUUUCAUAAAGCUGUUCGUAAGUUAAGAGCGACUUUGAGAACGACUGGUGAUCCUUACGCGCUUAACCAUCGCCAAUGAAUAUAUCAUUUACCACAAGAAAGGAUCACCAGUCGUUCUUAAAGUCGCUCUUAACUUACGAACAGCUUUAUGAAACACCCACCUGGGCAAGUUAUUAGACCAAAUGAUUACUAUAUGACGUUUCUAAAAAGCUUAACUCAUUUGCAAUGGCUGCCAAUAAAAGAAUAGAUAUGGUUCUGGGAAAUUAUAUCUAUGUAUGGAAAGCUCAGACGCACCUUUUAUUUUACCAAAAUAUUUUUAUGUGAUAAACCUUAAAUACUUAGCGAACUGAUUGCAAAUGAUCAUGAAUUUAACAUAUCCCCCUCAAUUUUAUAAGCUCCAAAGGACUCGCCUCUCACAAGCUCUGACAGAUUGGGAGCCUAAUUCCUCUGCAACCAAAUUUUCAAACCCUUUACAAAGUGAGCUAUGAAUAAUUUUAUGGUAUUUUGGUAUGAAAUGAAAGUUGAGCCUAUGAGCAUUCCAUAAAUAAAAUAUUUUUCCCAUUCAUAAAUACUUUUUCUUUGACAGCCAUUUCAAAUGUGUCAUUUUUUUGACAGGUAGAAAAUAAGGCUCAUGUAAUUUACCAUAUGUGGUAAAUGGGCCACCAAAUGAUUAAAUAAUUAGAUCAGCUAAUUGCCAUUAUUUUAAAGAUCAAAUUAUAUGAUUACAAGUUAGUCUACUUGCCUUUUGGAAUCCCAUCUUAGACUACUUAGUCUAUAAUUGAAAAUUCAGUGAAGCAAAAUAAGUAUUUUUAUUCUUAUUAAUCCACUGUGUUAAGUAUAUUCAUCUACCUCUUAAGACGGGAUUUAAAGAUGUAAAUAACUCGAGCAGAAUGAGAGAGAAGUAUCACGCUGAUCGACUGUGACAUUUUGUCGAAAGUGACAUUUUUUUCAUUUACAAUAAAAGAAAACAUCUCACAAGAAAUUAAGAAUUCAUAUUUGUCUUUAAUAUCAUUUCCAUGAAAAAUAAGAAUGUGUAUAUCAAUUAUCAUAUAGGUAAAUUCAUCUUCGGCUCUUGGUAGCCCCGAACCGUAAUUUUUUUUGUUGGUACAAAAGAUAUUAAAAAGACACCAAGUGUAAAUUGACUAAUGCAUUUCCAAAUAAUGAUUACUGUUUUUAAAGACUACAGUAAGAGUUCACAGUUGAAUCCCCACAGUACUAAUUGUAUUGGUGAAUUACUCAAUGAAUCUGAGAACCAGCAGAACGUACUGAGCAUGAUUAGUUCA